AUGGUCUCUGAGAACCAGAGAGCUGGUGCUGGAGGACUGAAGGGACCCGGACUAAAGGACUGGACCCAGACCGGACCGGACCCUCGCGCGCUGGACCUCAGACUCCACAUGGACUCGCUGCGCUGCGCUGCGUCUCGCGGCGUGUUCCCCCUCCACGGUGCGCAUGCGCUGCUCGACCUGCACCGGCAGAUGGCGGAGCAGUACCACGUGUUCUCCGCGGCCGCCGGCGGGCCCGCCGCGCACGCGCUGUCUGUGGCGGAGAGGCUGGCAGGAGCCCGGAGCUGCUGUCUGCUCACUGUGUUGUGUCUCGGCCAAUCAGAGCUCAUCCUGGAGGUUCGCUAUGGCAACCAGCAGCAGCCGCGGCGCAGCCGCACGGCCUUCAGCGCGCAGCAGCUGCGCUCUCUGGAGGAGACGUUCCGCCGGACGCACUACCCCGACGGCGGCACCAGAGAGCGGCUGGCGCUCUGCGUCCAGCUGCCGGAGGCCCGCAUCCAGGUGUGGUUCAAGAACAGGAGGGCAAAGUUCCGUAAAGGUCAGCGCUGCUCUCCUCCGCCCAGAGACCGGAGUCUGGAGGAGGCCACAGGCUGCAGUACCGAGGUGGGCCAGGAGGACGUCACGGGGCCCGAGGACCAACGGGAUGUCACCGCAUCACCCACCGACGGCCCCUCCCUCUGCCCUCCUCCUCCUCCUCCUCCUCCUGGAGUGGAUGAAACGAGGGAUGCGUGCCCCCCUCCAGACUCUGACGCUGUGUGCUGCCCCCUCAGACUUCCCUCUACUCCUCCUCCUCCUCCUCCUCCUCCGCGGUUCUCCUUCGUGACGGAGGAGCCCCCCCGCCCGCCCCCCGCCCGGCUCGCCCUUUUCCCGCUGCUCUGGCCCGUGGCGCGGCGGCGCGGUUCCUCCCUGGAGGUGCAACCAUCGACACUCACCACGCACUGCGGGCCACGCCCUCACCUGGGGCCACGCCCUCACAUGGGGCCACGCCCUCACCUGGGGCCACGCCCUCACCCCAUGGGGCUGCAACCGUAGUCCUUCUUUGUGAUCAAAUCUUUUAUUGUUUUCGAGAUAUGCACAUGCAAAGGUAAAGAUGUACACAUUGUACGUACACAAUGGUACUCAGAAAAAAACAUAAAAAUAACAAGUUAAAAAAAAGAAGAAAAAAAAGAAUAUAUAUAUAAAUACGGGUAUACAUGCAAAAACCUGCAUACAUAUUGACAUAUAUAUGCACAUACUUGCAUACCCUAGUACACACACACAUACAUAAUGUAAAUGUACCCCCUCCCACUGUUGGCGACACCCCCCCCCCUAAUACAUCUCCAGCUCUUAUAAAAGGGAAUGGAUAAUAUUAUGUUACAAUUAUAUUACAAUUAUACAUAUUGUUGAAUGUUGCUUAACCCUCUGAUUACCUUUGGGGUCAAUUUGACCCCAUUCAAUUUUUAAUGUCUCUAAAAAAAAUGAUGUUGCUUCGUAUUUCAUGACUUUUCCUAAUUUAUUGGGGACAACAAGGUAAACACAAACUUCACAUGAUGAGAUGUUUUCCCUGUCCUGACACAACGUUUACACAUCGGGGUUCUUUGGGGUCAGUUUGACCUCAGGCUGUUUUUCACUGUGUAAAACAUAUAAGAAUAUCAACAUUUUACAAACAUUGGUUUUGUUUGGGUAUUUUUUUCAUUUAAAGGGCUAUUUAGGUCGUCAACAAACAAACAUAAAGUACCUGACACUUAAACUUGGGAAAAAAGAUAAAUUCUAAUAAUUUUCUGGAGGUUUAAAGGGUAAAAUAUGUUAGUGAAUGUGAAGGUAAGAGGAGGGUUAAAGCCGUGGACCAGGAUGAGACGGUUCUUUCUUUAGCAGCGUGUGUUCUGGCUGUUGGUCCUGAUCUCUGAUGUGGACUCAGAUAGACCAGAACCGCCUCGUUCCUGUGACCCGGACUACAGCAGGUGGGUUCAGAGCGCCGACUACCAACUGUUCACACACUCUGUCAUAUUCAGUGAAUGUGUUUGACCUCUAAAUGAUUCCUUCUAGUCACAUGACAUCUAUUGUUCUGUCCAUCCUGGAGAGGGAUCCUCCUCUGUUCUCUCCUCAAGGGUUCUUUCCUGUUUCCCCCUGAAGGGUUGUUUGGGAGUUGUUCCUGAUCCCAUGUGAGGUCAAAGGUCAAAGGUCAGGGAUGUCUAUGUGUACAGAUUGUAAAGCACUCCGAGACAAAUUUGUAAUUUGUGAAAUUGGGCUAUACAAGUAAACUGACUUGAAUUGAUGGAGCGUCAUCCUUCCUGCUUCAAUGCCUCUGAUCUACAGCUAGCUUGACGUUAGCUUGAAGCGGUUGAUGUUAGCGUCAACAACAUUUAAAGGUUUCUUCGUCUCCUUCAGCAUUAUGUCGCUGCAAAGUAAUAAAGAAGUUCUUUAUUGUAACACUGCAACAUGGAAAUGGGAAAUAAAAUCAGUUGAACCUG